CUUCUGUUUUGUGUCAGUUGUUUAGGCUUUUUUUAAAAUAAUAAUACAAUCGAAUAAUCGAAUAUGCGACAUGUAAACUGAGGAUUCACGUCGAUUUAUCGCUUGUGGUAUUAGCUGCACAUUUGCGGGCUCAGCUCCAGUGAGAGAUGGAGGAGCUCUACACUUUGGAGCAGGAGGUGGGACGGGGCAGCUACGGUGUUGUCUUUGAAGGACAUAUAGCCAAAACAGGACAGAGGGUGGCCAUCAAGCGGCUGCCCUGCAACAACCCGGAGGGCAUUGAACUCUACCUGCAAGAGCUGUGGGCCAUGAGGGCCACAGCUAAGAACCAUGUCAAUGUCAUAGCACUCCACAGCUGUCUCCUGCAGACAGGCCCACGGAGCCUGAAGCCCCUAAGGCCAGGAAAACUGCCUCUACGUCUGGUCGAGAGUGUGCUAAAGGGCAGUGUCGUUGGAGCACCACAGAGUCAGGAAAGAAAUAAUACCCAGAGGAGGUCUAAUUCUGCCUCCAGGCUUCAGGACAGGACUCAUACAGUCCAGGCCAGGUCAAACUCCCAGGACAAGUCUAAAUCAAAUGCGGCUGAUUCUACAACACCCAAAAGGCCUCAAAACAGGGCCAGGAAGAGACCGUCCCAAAGCGAGGAGGAGCAGCCGCAACCCCUGCGCUGCUUGGCCCUGUGGCUCGUCAUGGAGUACUGCGAUGGGGGUGACUUGAAUCAGUACCUGCUCUCCAGACCCCCAGAUGAGCAGCGUAACCACAGUGUUGUGCUGCAGCUGAGCAGUGCUGUGUCCUUUCUGCACAGCCUCGGCAUCACCCACAGAGACCUGAAACCAGACAAUGUGCUGGUCUGUGACACAGCUAAAGGCCCCAUUGUCAAGGUGGCAGACUUUGGUCUGAGUAAGAUGAGUGAAGGUCUGGUGGAUGGGGACCUGACCAGGCAGCACUUCUCCUCCACCUGUGGCUCCGACUUCUACAUGGCUCCCGAGGUGUGGGGUGGACUGACCUACACGGCCCAGGCAGACAUCUUCUCCCUCGGUGUGAUGUUCUGGGCGGUCCUGGAGAGAAUCACCUUUGUGGAAGAAGGGGCCACACAGGAGCAGCUGGGUGCCUACGUAUGCAAGGGUCGCUCAGGCUGGCUGAUGCCGCUGGGGGAAGCCUUGUGGGAAAACGCCGACCUCCAGCUGUGUAUUCCGAUGAAGUUUAAGCGGGCGCCCCCACUGCCACCCCCUCCUGGUCCAUCCAUGUGCUCCCUGCUUUUAGACAUGCUGGCCUCUAACCCAGAUGCUCGGCCUCCGGCAGACCAGCUGGAGGCCAGAGUGAGAUCGGCUCUCAAAGAGGACUCCCACUGACACAGAGUGCGCUUAAGCGACCAUUAUGGCUCCAACCACCGCAGCCACUACAUGGAAAUAUUGACUGUGGCUCCGCUGACCGCACAUGGUGUCAACAGGAACCACUUUGCUUCCACUGGGAAGUGGGGGAAAAGACAUUUGUAUGAUUAUAUGGAACUGAAGGUGCUAUUUCUGCCACGGCAACGGCAGCCCAGCCUAUAAACUGUAUAGGGAACCACAUUAAGGGAAAAUGGGGUGGGAGUCCAUCAGUCCAUUGACCUUGGACCCCUGGACCUCACUGCACACAAGUCACGCAAUGAUAUUCACGCAAAUCCCCAUGUAGAGAUCCAGUGGGAUUUGCUGUAAAAGACUGAGCUGUUUGAGCCUUGAAUGUUUGACAUAGGGAAAUUGAUUUGAGUGACGACAGAGCCGAGAGUAAACACCAACGAUUGACUCCGUUGGUUUUUAAACGUGUAUGGAUUGAAUGCACACUUAUUAUCGCCGCUUUAUGUCAGGAAUUAAAGACGGGGUCUGAAAUUUGCUUCUGAAACAUUUUUAGAUGUUAAAAUCCUCACAUUAUUCUGACCAUUAUUCAAUAAGUAAAGGGGGGAAAAAUAAUAGUAAAGUCAAAUAAACAUGAAAUGAUUGGCCGAUGAGUUUGAUCGCAUUCCAUUUGAGAAGUCAGAAAAAACAAAAGUAUAUUGGAUCCCAGAAACUGCAGCAACAUGACCACGGAUAAAAAUUGAACAGUAAUAUGUGAACGACGGACUUACUGUGAAACAAAGCAGCUAAAAGUGCUUUUACUGUUGAUGUGAGUGGCAGCCAUCUUGGAAUCCUAGUUUCCGAGUUGGAACACCCCCUCAACUCGGAAAAUUCCGACUUCCAACUACAAUGGGAACACGUCGUUAGACAAAUAACUUUGCAUAUGUAAUUACUUCAUUAAAAAAAAUGCUUGUUUUGAAACUCUACUACUUGGUUACUUACUUACUAUCCAUUAUUUGAGACAUAUUUGUUGUUGUUUUUUCCAAAGUGUAGCCUGCUUUUUCAGACUUGCAGACCGUAGCUUUAAUUGUGUCUUUUAUUCUUCAACCAUGGGGGUUUUAACUUCACUGUCCUGGCUCAGAUAUUUCCAGCUCACACUGAUGAAUCAGGUUCCAGACGUCUGAAGUAUUUUAAACUGAGAGAACAAAAACUAGUGCACUAAUGCAAGUUAAAUAGUAAUUGCAUGGUCAGUGGGAUUAAAUAAAGAUGCACUGUAUUUGUAACACAAAUUAUGUUCAGUAGGAACAGCCUCAGAGUGAACACAGCGUUCUAUUCCUAUAUCAAUGCUAUUGUGUCCAGUAUAUCUUGUUAUGUACAUAAUUUUAAUGAUGCAUUGUAAGAGCACGUUUAAUUCUUUUUCUUCGAUUCGAAAUUUGUUUUAAGAUGAUGUUUUUAAAAAAAAAAAAUUGUGACUGUGUGACAUUUUGCUGCAGAUUGCAAAUGACUAAUGUGCCCCAACCCCACGAAUAGGAAAUUAAAGUCAGGCAUGUGGACUGUGGCUUAUCAUAUCCACAGCAUUUAUUACUGACCAUCAAUCUUGGUCCCGUGCCGUUCGCACCGCAGUAGAUGACCACUUAUUUCACAUCAAAUAUUUCUGCUCACAUGCCUGGAAAAAUGGAUGAAUGCAUCCAUCUCGUCACCUGAGCGUGGCGUCUCGGGAACAAUGUUGGAAUUUCUCUCGGACUGAUAAGAAUUUGGGUGUUUCAAGGUCACGUUUCUGUGGCCACUAUUCAAACAUUCAUCUUAAAAAAAGAAUGCACUGGAGUCUUAACUGUUCUGUGUCCAACUGUAAUGUAGUGGAAAGAAAAUGUUAAAAAAGGGUAGUACUGAUGUGUAGUUUGCUGCCUUGCAGGGAGAUGACCUGUAAAAGAAAGAGUAACUGUGUGAAUAAAUUGAGCGGAAAAGAAAUUAAAAUUAAAUGUAACCUUU